UGCCUGCGCAGUUCCAAGAGUCCUCCAAGGGAGUGAGCCUCUUUAAUUCUUUAAUCCUGCAUUUCCAUUUGGCGGAUGUUGAGUACGUGAAUUCUUUCAGCAUGAGUGUCAUUCUAUGUACCGCUGGGUAUGACCAUACAAUCCGGUUUUGGGAAGCCCUCUCAGGAAUAUGUUCGAGGACAAUCCAGCACCCUUUGUCCCAGGUGAAUCGGCUAUGCAUCACCCCCGAUAAGCGAUAUAUCGCUGCGGCUGGCCGGCACAGCGUGAACCUUUACGACAUUAAGUCCAAUAUACCCGAUCCUGUUAUGACAUUCAAUGGCCACACCAACAAUGUCACCGGCGUCGCGUUUCACUGCGAAGGAAAAUGGAUGGUUACGAGCUCAGAAGAUGGUACAGUCAAGGUUUGGGAGACGCGGUCCGGGUCGCUUCAAAGGAAUUACAAUCACAAGUCGCCGGUUAACGACGUUGUGAUCCACCCGAAUCAGGGAGAGUUGAUUAGCUGCGACUACUCAGGUACCAUCAGAGUCUGGGAUCUAGGGGAGAAUCGCUGCAGUCAUCAGUUGAUACCCGAGGAAGACGUGUCUGUGGCAAGCGUUAGUGUUGCCAGUGAUGGAUCAUUGCUUUGCGCUGGAAAUAAUAAGGGAAAUGUAUACCUAUGGCGCAUGGUGCAAGAUCACGACCUUACCAAAAUAGUGCCCAUCGCAACCUUCCAGGCACACAAGGACUACAUCACAAGGGUUUUGUUGUCCCCUGAUGUUAAACAUCUCGCAACUUGUUCGGCAGAUCAUACUGCUAGAAUUUGGAACCUUGACCCGGAAUACCCGCCCGCAAAAGCCGCGGCUGAGGCCAGGGCCGCAGCAGGAGAGGAGGUCCAAGGCCCUAACAAUGCUUCUUCUCCAAUACCCCAAACUCCAGCAGCAAACGGCAAAGCCCAUAUGUAUCAACCUCAGCUGACCAACGGGGUCCCUGAAACCGCCGCUAGUCAGCAUACGACCGUGGACAGGCCCCACGAAUACGGCUCAAGCUCAGACUCCAGAGGUGAACCUGUUUCGCACCCCACCCAAAGAGAUUUUGAUUACGAAGGCUCCACUGAAAAUGAGGAGCCCAGCCCACAGUCAUUAGCGCUGCUAGAAAGGCCUCCUAUAGACCCAACCACCAACACGCUUUAUCUUGAAACCACCCUUGCCGUUCACCAGCGUUGGGUUUGGGAUUGUGCCUUCUCCGCAGAUUCCGCAUAUCUUGUUACGGUGUGCAGUGAUCAUUAUGCCCGCUUGUGGGAGCUUGCGUCUGGGCAGAUCAUCCGACAGUACAGCGGCCAUCAUCGAGGGGCAGUGUGUGUUGCGUUGAAUGAUUACUCGGAACCGAGAUGAUUUGUUAAAAGAAGCUUCUUGGUGUUGAAAUUUAUGUAUAUGCACCCUUUUCGUCGAAUUUAUGAUACCUUCUCUGCCCCAUCAUUGCUUUACGACUCCCUGUAUUUCAUGUCCAAAUUCUCAAUGACUUAUUUCUUCAGGCAUGGCGUUGGGUGGAUUUUAUUACAUUAGGAUAGAGGAGGCUCCGAAGGUUUAAUGUUUUGCAAAUUGCUUUUGCCAAUACAUGUCAUGGG